AUGAAGCUCGCACUUUCACUUCUGAGCCUCACUAGAGCCAACCCUCCUGAAACUCCACCGGGUAAAGUAUUUGCGGAUGCGUACCAACAAGUUGGCGAGUAUCUUCACGAGAAUUGGCCGGUCUUCAAAGAUUUUGUUGACAAUCUGAAUACCUCUUUUCUCGAGCCAGUUUGGGACUUUUGUCACGAUGAAUUGGAAAUCGACUACGAUAUUUCCCUCGAACAAGAGAGUUUCAUCGGUUGCGGAGUAGCUUUUGCGGCAUAUUACGGGGAUUUCCAUCUUAGUUUUCCAUACUGGGGAGACUUUUUCGAUGCUAUGUGGGAGAAAGCAGACUGGGAUCACAAUGGAGCCGUCGAUUGGGAUGAGUGGAGAUACACCGAAGCUGUUCUUGCGGCAAUUUACUCUCAAGUCACUUUUGGUUACUCAGAUUCGAAUCACGAUGAUGUUCUUGACAUGAUGGAAUUCGGAAUUUUCUUCGAGCAGCAAUCUCGGCUUCUGGAGGAAAUUUCACCUGAUCCAGCUCAGACAAUGAAUAACCUGUGGCUUGAAUCCCAACUUGACGAUGAUUCUGAAACACUUAACAAACGUGAAACCGCCCUAUUUUGGAUUCAUUACUGGAAUCUGCUUAUUAAUGAGAGUUGA